AUGGGCGCCCCCGGGCGUGACGGGAUCCAGGGGCCCGUGGGGCUCCCGGGGCCCGCCGGACCCCCCGGGGGGCCUGGGACGACGGCGACAAGGGCUGAGGGCGGCGAGCCGGGCCCCAAAGGCCCCAAAGGCGCCAAGGGGGAGCACGGCCCGCCGGGACCCCCCGGAGCCGCGGGCGCCGUGGGCCGGCCCGGAGCCGCCGGCGCGGACGGGGAGCCGGGGGCUCGGGGACCCCAAGGACAUUUUGGGGUCAAAGGGGACGAGGGCACGCGGGGCUUCAACGGCCCCCCCGGGCCCAUCGGCCUGCAGGGCUCUCCGGGUCCCGCGGGGGACAAGGGCGAGACGGGAGACGUGGACCCCUGUGGUCCCCCCGGCCCCCCCGGGCCCCGCGGCCCCGCCGGAGCCUCCGGAGCCGACGGACCCCAAGGACCCCCCGGAGGCGUCGGGAAUUUGGGACCGCCCGGAGAGAAGGGCGACCCCGGCGAACCCGGAACUCCGGGAACAGGAGAACCGGGAAUCAAGGGCCCGCGCGGGGACCGGGGAAAGGGAGAAUCCGGAGCCGCCGGCGCCGCCGGACCCCCGGGCGGGAAAGGCCCCCCCGGCGACGACGGCCCCAAAGGAAACCCCGGUCCCGUGGGAUUCCCCGGAGAUCCCGGCCCCCCCGGAGAGAUGGGCCCCAGGGGCCAGGACGGAGCCAAGGGCGAGCGCGGCGAGGACGGAGAGCCCGGAGAGCCGGGCUCUCCGGGUCCCACGGGCGAGAACGGCCCCCCGGGCCCCUCGGGAAACCAGGGUCCGGCCGGAUCUCGAGGUCCCGAAGGGCGCCAGGGCGGGAAGGGAGCCAAGGGGGAGCCGGGGGCGCGCGGAGCCCCCGGGAGAACGGGAGCCGUGGGAGCCCCGGGAGCGGCCGGGAAAGCCGGAGCCGAGGGGCUGCGGGGGCAAACGGGCGCCGUGGGAGAACAAGGAAAACCAGGAAGCCCCGGCCAGGCCGGACCCCCGGACCCGUGGGGCCCCCCCGGCCUGCCCGGCCUGAAGGGAGACACCGGAGCCAAGGGGGAGAAGGGUCACCCGGGGCUGCUGGGGCUGCUGGGCCCCCCCGGGGAGCCGGGGGACAAAGGGGAGCGGGGCCGGCCCGGGCCCCCCGGGAGCGCCGGCGCCAAGGGGGACACGGGGAUCCCCGGAGCCGCCGGAGCCUUGGGACCCUCGGGACCCCCCGGACACCCCGGUCCGGCCGGGCCCAAAGGAGCCAAAGGAGCCAUGGGCCAAGCGGGACCCAAAGGACAGCGGGGACCCCCCGGGCCCCCCGGACACCCCGGCCCUCCGGGCGACUCCAUCCAGCCGCUGCCGCUGCGGCUCCCCCGGAAAUCCAAGCGCUCCCUGCCGGCGCCCCCGGAACGGGGCGAGCUCCCGCAUUUCGGGGAAUUCCGGGAAUUCCGGGAUUUGGGGGAUCUGGGGGACGUGCUGGGCGGGCUGCGCGCGGAGCUGGAGCGGCUGCGGAACCCGCCGGGCUCGCGGGAGCACCCGGCGCGCUCCUGCCGCGACCUGCGCCUCGCCCACCCGCGCCUGCCCGACGGGGAAUAUUGGAUCGACCCCAACCAGGGCUGCGCCCGCGAUUCCUUCCGCGUUUUCUGCAACUUCACGGCGGGCGGGGAGAGCUGCCUGCAGCCCCAGAGCCGCGAGGUGCGCGGAACCUUCCGGAAGGGGCCCGAG